UCAGCAUAAAAAUAAAUGUACAAAUAUAUAUGUGUGUAUAUUUGAUUAUUUGAUGGUAUCAGUGUUCACUCUUUACGCGCGCGUGUGUGUGUGUGUGUGUGAGUGUGAGUGUGAGCAUGUGCAUAUGUAGUUAAAUGAAAUUGCGUAAUUCGCACAUAUGUACUCAAGUACGUAUGAGUAUGUGAAUAUGCCAAUUGAGGUUAAGCUAAUUGGAAGGGCAAGCACGCAACUGCCGACGAAGAUUCAGUGAAAAUCAACAACAACAACUACAACAAUGAAAAAAUAACAUGUAUAAAAUAGUAAAUAGUUGUAACUCACAACAACAACAGCAAUAACAAGCAAUCACAUUUACGCUCAACUAAAGCAUAAGAAGAACAAGCAAAACCAAGAAGUAGCUGUAGCAGAAGCACAAGCAAGCUAAAGUACCAAUCCAAACAACAAAGCAACAAACAAACAAGCAGAAAAUUCCAACAACAACAACAGUAAACAAAACAACAAAAAUGCCAUUCGGCCGCAAAUCACCAUUGGAGGCGCUCGCCUUACCCGGCGUCAUUUUGGCCUACAAAUAUAGUCAAUUUCGGCAAAGACGCCGCGAGGCAGCGAGUCGUCGUGUUACGGAACGUGAAUUGGCCGCACUGCAUCAUAAAAUCGACAAGCUUCUGAGCAAGCUGGAGGAAAGCGAACCGGAUCCGCCCACUUCGCAGGAGGAUGAAUGCGUCAUCUGCAUUAAUGCGCGCGCCACAAUGCAAACAUCGCCCUGCGGUCAUCGUGUCGUCUGCCGCCGCUGCUUUGUUAAGACAAUACAAAGUGCCGUUGCACAACGUCUACUGCCACUACGCUGUGUUAUCUGCAGAGCGCGUGUCAAUCGUCUUACCUCCAGCUCGGGCACUUGGCGUAUACAAGAGUCGGCGAGCAGCUAUUCCAUGGGUGCCAAAAGUUGGGCUUCCGCCGGUGUUGGUGCCGCCGGCGGUGUGCACGCCUCGGCUAGUUCCUAUUCGAUGGGUGAUGCACAUAGCGGCCAUCAUGCUUUCCAUCCGCAUCCAACACUGCACGGUGGUCGCUAUCCACGCAGUCCGAAUAGUGGUGGUGGCGGUCGUGUUGCACAAUCGGAUAGUUUGUAUUCGAUGAGUUCGACUGGUUCAUCAUCGCUAUCGGGUGUCUCACAUAUGUCUGCCUACUCUAAGACGUCUUCCAUUUCGAGUGGUCUCUGCUCGCCUGCCUCACCCAUAUCACCGUCAGCCAUGUCAGCGUACACACAAACGCCGGUAUUGAAUAAUCAUUUAGCACCACCGGGUACAACAUCAUCGUCGGCGUCACAUGGCACGCUUUCACUAUCGCCUUCCGGUUCGUCAACUGUGUCGGGCUCGUUGUCGCCACGUGAUGAUCAUCAUCAUUCGCAUUCACAUUCGGGUGGUUGUCCCGCGGGCUGUUCGGGCGCCGUACCACGUAAGCCACUGAAUUCGUUGAGCACCUCUUCGUCGAGUGGGUCGAGUUUAAGUAGUUGUAGCAGUUUUCCGCCAGCGACACAUACCUACCCGGGGCGUCGUCAUACCAAAGGACGACUGACGGAUUUGCAAAAUCGUUUACCACCCAUUAAAGAGUUUCGCAGUCCAGCCAAAGUGCCACAUCCCUCACCUGUGCACAUAAGCAAUCCGCGUUUUCGUUAUGCUUCAUACACCAAAUCCUCAACGAGUGCGCAUGAAAUAGCUCCACUCUUAUGUGAACCACCUUCGCCUCCGAAAAAGCCCAUGAAUAUACUAGUGGGAUCAGCAUCAACUAAUAGCCUGGGACCGCCACCACUCAAAGCUGGAGUUGGUAGUGCAAAGAUCAGUCCGUUGGUAUCGAAGAACUCACUACCGAGGAAUGCUUAUACUUUGGGCAAUAAAGACAAGAAAGCCACAGGUAAUGGUAUCGGCAACAAUGCGGCGAAGGUCAAUGGCAAACUGACAAACGCGACUGUAAACAGUGGUGGUAAUAAGAAGCCGACACAUGAUUCAAAUGGUAACAGCGUAUCUGCCUCGACCACACCAAUACCAAAAUCAGCAUCGGCGUCAAACCAAAUCAGCAAUAACAAGGCCUAUUCAGCGCCAACCUCGCGCUCCAGCUCUUCCAAUCGAAGUUUUCCACUCUUCUCCAAUAGCAAUAGUAACCAUAAGGAGAAAGCUGACAAUAAGAAAAAUGAAUCUAUGGAGCGUAAAAAGAAGGAGGAGAAACUUAAACAAAAAGCGGAAAAGGAAGCGAGAAAGGAGGAGAAACGUCUCGCCAAGGAGGAAGAACGUUUGGCGAAAUUAAUUGCCAAGGAAGAGAAAAAGAAGGGCAAAAAGGAGGCCAAAGAGUUGCUGAUUGCGAAUGAUGGCAACUGUAAAAAGUGAGCAAAGGUUUAAAACGCUAACGGUGGGAUGGAGAAAAAGUAGUAGAUUUUGUAAAAAAGCAAAGCAAUUUUCUUUUUUAAAAGAAGUGAUUGAGCUCAAAUUAAUAAAGCGAGUACUAAAUGUUGAGGGAAAAGUACUAAAUUACAUCAAAUUACAAUAAAUUGCAUA